UGGCACUAUAGUAUUAGUAAGUUACAAAAUAAUUAAUGGAAGAGGAAAUUUCAAAGGAGAAGAAUGACAAACAAGAGUCACCAAAAGAAAUCCGAUACCGAGGAGUGAGGCGGCGUCCAUGGGGAAAAUAUGCGGCCGAGAUUCGCGACCCAGCUCGAAAAGGUACCCGUGUAUGGCUAGGGACAUUUCUCACGGCGGAAGAAGCUGCGAGAGCUUAUGAUCGUGCCGCCUUUGAAAUGAGAGGUUCUUUAGCCAUUCUCAAUUUUCCACAUGAGUAUCCAUUUCUCAACUCCUCUUCUUCAUCAUCAUCGUUAGCACCCAAUCCACAUUUAUCUUCUAGCUCGGAAUCAUUAUUGCCUUCAAAUUACCAAAAUGAGCAUGGAAAAGAAGUCAUUGAGUUUGAAUGUUUGGAUGAUAAAUUGUUAGAGGAACUUCUUGAUUGUGAUGAGAGUGAAACUACCACUCACAAAAACUUGCCAAAGUAGGUUAAUUAGAAGUGAGAACUCAACAUUUGGAUUGGGAGUUUCUAGUGAAAAAUGAAAUGUGUUUUAAAAUGUGAAUUGGAUAAGGUCAUAACGGUUGCAUUUUAUAUUAGUUAAUUAAUUGGUUUCCUUGUACCGGAAGGAACAGCUUAUAUUCCUUUUGUGUUGUUCUAAAAUUAUUUAAAUAUGGUAAAAAAGUGUUGGAUUUGACAAAGUAGUUUAUCUUGUUCUAUAUGCACAAUUAAAGUUAUAUGAUGUUGAUUAUUAU